AUGCCUCCGGUUGGUGCUGGUUUGUGGCGUUCAUUGCGCGCGCACCAGGUUUACGGUGCCAAUACAGACGUCGGCAAGACCAUUGUUUCGACAGUCUUGUGCAAUGCGAUUCAGAAGCAGAAGCAGCGGGCCGCGUUCCUUAAGCCGGUGUCCACGGGAGCUUUGGACGAGGCCGAUGACCGUCACCUGGAGCGAUAUGGAGCUGGAGCCUUGACGAAAUGCUUGUAUCAGUUCGAUGAGCCCGUCAGUCCGCACAUAGCCGCAAGGGAAAAGACAAUUCCACGGGAUGAUGAUCUCCUUGCGUCUAUUCAUAAGACCUUGUCCGGCUGGGCGCGAUCGGACAUCGAUUUUGCGCUAGUCGAGACAGCCGGUGGAGUUCACUCGCCUGGCCCAAAUGGCAACUCACAGGCGGACCUCUACCGCCCCCUCCGACUGCCUAUUGUUCUGGUUGCGGAUUCGCGACUUGGGGGUAUCUCGUCGUCUGUCUCUGCCUACGAAUCAUUAUUACUGCGUGGCUACGACGUCCAGUCUGUACUGCUGUUCCGCGACGACUAUUAUCAAAAUCACGAAUACUUAGGAAACUACUUCCGUAACAAGAGCAUUCCGUUAGUCUCGCUCCAGGCUCCUCCGCCGAAGCCGGUGGGAUCUGAAGCAGAUGCUCAAAGGCGAGAUGAAGAAGCUAUGUUCAACUAUUACGAACAGGCUUCCCGUGACUCGGAGGUUCUCCGCCUCCUUGAAGAGCUCAAUACUAAAAAUAAGGAACGAAUCGACCGAUUGGAAGAGAUGAGUGAGCGCGCGCAGGAUUUGAUUUGGUACCCAUUUACGCAGCAUCAAGGCAUGCAAGCCAAGGACAUCACCGUGAUCGAUUCGGCCUAUGAUGAUUACUUCCAAACAUUCGGCUUUGGCGAGCAAGCGAAGCCCGACAGUGAGCUCCGGCCAACCUUUGAUGGCUCUGCAUCGUGGUGGACACAAGGUCUCGGCCAUGGCAACCCAGAUCUCUCUCUGUCAGCGGCCUAUGCUGCUGGGCGAUACGGCCAUGUAAUGUUUGCUGGGGCAGUUCACGAGCCUGCAAUUUCUCUUGCAGAUCGCCUGCUCAAGAUGCUAGAUAACCCCCGGUUUUCCAAGGUUUUCUAUACAGACAAUGGCAGUACUGGGAUGGAAGUUGCUCUCAAGAUGGGUCUGCGGGUUGCGUGCAACCGAUACGGGUGGGAUGCAAGCCAGGAAAAGAUUCAUAUCCUUGGCCUCAAGGGCAGUUACCACGGCGAUACCCUUGGUGUUAUGGAAUGCUCGGAGCCUUCGACUUACAACCAGAAGGUUGAGUGGUACCGUGGGCGAGGUCACUGGUUCGACUAUCCUCUUGUUAAGAUGGUUGGUGGAACAUGGAAAGUCGAGGUCCCCGGAGAACUGAAAGAGGAUCUGGGUUCGGACGUGGAGUUUGACUCGUUGAACUCGAUAUUCGACCUCGAGUCUCGUUUGAGCUCAGAAUCUGGCCAGAAGUACAAGGAGUAUAUCUAUCGUACAAUCAAAGAGCUUGUAGAAACCCAUGGCAUGAAGUUUGGAGCUCUUAUUAUCGAACCGGUCAUCCUUGGUGCAGGAGGAAUGCUUUUCUGUGAUCCGCUAUUCCAACGCUGCCUGACUGAUAUCGUUCGUGACCAUCCCGAACUUUUCUCUCCCAACGCAUCUUCACCCAAGGCCGCCCCGUCUUGGUCUGGACUACCUGUCAUCUUUGACGAAGUCUUCACUGGUCUCUAUCGCCUCGGUCGCCCAACCUCAGCCUCAUUCUUGGGCGUCCACCCGGAUAUCGCAGUGAACGCGAAACUUCUCACUGGAGGACUUAUCCCUCUCUGUACAACCGUCGCAAGCCAGGAGAUCUUCGAGACAUUCUCCAGCCCCGAGAAGAGCGACGCCCUACUCCAUGGACAUAGCUAUACGGCUCACGCAGUAGGCUGUACAGUUGCCAAUGACUCAUUACAGACAAUGUCAGACAUGGAUAAGAAUGGAUCAUGGAAUGAAUUUAAGGAAGACUGGAAGGCUAAUGUCCCUGCGACUGCAAACUCAUCCACCGAAAACGUUUGGAGCGUUUGGUCGAAUGGCCUGUUGAAGGACUUGUCUUGUGCGGACACUGUUGAGAGCGUGUUCGCCAUCGGAACAGUGCUCAGCAUCUCACUCAAAGAUGCGCAGGGGGAGGUGAGGUAUACCUCCAACGCUGCUAAGGGAUUACAGAAGAGCUUGGCUAAGGGUAGUGAAAAGUUCAACGUGCACUCCCGGGUCUUGGGCAAUGUGCUCUACCUGAUGUCUAGCGUUACGUCAAAACCGGAGUCGGUGAGAGAAGUGGAGAAUAUUCUUCGCGCUUCUUUGAUUUAG